CUUCUGUACCGGUAGUUGUCAGUAGAGACGCUGCUGUCUCUCUCUCUCUCAGCAGGUAGGGCCUCAGAGCGAAGAUGGCGACGGACAAACAGAAACAUGAAGGCAGGGUGAAAAUCGGACAUUAUAUUCUCGGAGACACCCUAGGAGUGGGAACGUUUGGAAAAGUCAAAGUGGGCCAGCAUGAGUUGACAAAGCACCAGGUGGCGGUAAAGAUUCUGAACCGGCAGAAGAUCCGUAGUCUGGAUGUGGUGGGGAAGAUUCGACGCGAGAUCCAGAACCUCAAACUCUUCCGUCACCCGCAUAUAAUCAAACUUUACCAAGUCAUCAGCACACCAACAGACAUCUUCAUGGUAAUGGAAUAUGUGUCAGGAGGAGAACUCUUUGACUACAUCUGUAAAAAUGGAAAGUUGGACGAGAAGGAGAGCAGGCGUCUGUUCCAGCAGAUCAUCUCAGGGGUGGAUUACUGCCACAGACAUAUGGUGGUGCACAGAGACCUCAAGCCUGAGAACGUCCUGCUGGAUGCACACAUGAAUGCCAAGAUUGCAGACUUUGGCUUAUCAAACAUGAUGUCAGAUGGAGAAUUCUUAAGGACGAGUUGCGGUUCUCCUAAUUAUGCUGCUCCUGAAGUCAUCUCUGGAAGGUUAUACGCAGGGCCUGAGGUGGACAUCUGGAGCAGUGGUGUGAUUUUAUACGCUCUGCUGUGCGGAACGCUGCCGUUUGACGAUGACCACGUGCCAACACUUUUCAAGAAGAUCUGCGAUGGAAUCUUCUUCACGCCUCAGUAUCUGCACCCCUCCGUUAUUAGCCUUCUGAAACACAUGCUCCAGGUGGACCCCAUGAAGAGAGCCACUAUUAAAGAGAUUCGGGAGGAUGAGUGGUUUAAACAAGAUCUCCCCAAGUAUCUGUUCCCAGAGGACGCUGCAUAUAGCAAUAAUAUGAUUGAUGAGGAGGCACUGAAGGAGGUGUGCGAGAAGUUUGAGUGCACUGAGGAGGAGGUGCUCAACUGCUUGUACAGUCGCAAUCACCAGGAUCCUCUUGCUGUGGCCUAUCACUUGAUCAUAGACAACCGGCGCAUUAUGAACGAGGCCAAAGAUUUCUAUUUGGCUUCCAGCCCCCCGGACAGCUUCCUAGAUGACCUGCCUGCGCACCACUCUGCGAAGAUUCACCCCGAGAGAGUGCCAUUCCUGGUGACUGAGUCCCAGCCACGUCCUCGACACACGCUGGAUGAGCUUAACCCCCAAAAGUCCAAGCAUCUCGGUGUCCGGCGGGCCAAGUGGCACCUGGGAAUCCGUAGCCAGAGCAGACCGAAUGAUAUCAUGAGUGAGGUCUGCCGUGCUAUGAAGCAGUUGGACUAUGAGUGGAAGGUAGUUAAUCCUUAUUACUUGCGAGUGCGGAGGAAGAACCCAGUCACUGGCAUACAUACAAAGAUGAGCCUCCAGCUCUACCAGGUGGACAGCAGGACCUAUUUACUAGACUUCAGGAGCAUAGAUGAUGACAUGGUAGAAGUAAAAUCAGGGACUGCCACACCUCAUCGCUCUGGCUCAGUCGGUAACUACCGGACUACCCUAAAGAACGACAGGAAUGAAAAAAACGAAUGUGAGGAUGCAGCAAAGGGCGACGUGUCCGCUCCCUCCACGCCUCCGAUAUCCGGAGGGAAAGCGGCAGAAGGCUCUCUGGCUUCUUCUCUUACCUCCUCAGUGGAUUCCACAGGGGGAGAGAUCCUCCCCCGCCCAGGAAGUCACACCAUAGAGUUCUUUGAGAUGUGCGCCAACCUCAUCAAGCUGCUAGCACGAUAACUUGUGCUUCCUCUGAUGCCUUCUCUCUCACUCUCCUCUGUCUUCCCUCUCACUCUCUGGCUUCUUUUCUCUUUCUUCUGGAAUGCUGUCUACCUCUUCGUCCUCUGAUAUCUGUCAUCAUCCACAGCAGUUUUUCUAUCUCUGUUCUUUUCGUCUCUCUUUUUCUCGCUCAGUGUCUUUAGAGCAAUAAGCAUGCGGACGGACUCAAGACUCCAUGCAUCCCACUCGCAUAAAAAAGCUGAAUGGUCUGUGGCUCUACAGUCGCCAGGAUCAGCCGGUUUAAGAGGAUUGAGAAAAGGUACAAGGAGGAAAAGGAUGGAGGUUGUUUUUUUGUGCCACAGUUAAGAUGUCAGAAAGAUUGCUAAGCCACUCUAUAGUGUCUAAACUCUUUUAGAGAUGGUUUUACAAUUCUUUUCUGGGUUUUAUAGCAAGGAUUUCCUUGCAGAGUGAGGCGUAGAGGUGCAUUUAAAUGAGUUAUACACUGAGCUAGCUGUACUGUACACAAUGCUGUUGCGAUUCUUGGCGGACCAAGAGAUGUAUAAAGAAAGAGCCCUUGUGAGGCAUGUGGGACGACGAGUGAGACAGAAAGCGCUUUUGCACAGUUUUACCUGUAAGUUUUUGUGGGCCAGUGUCAGAACUGGUUAUACCAUUGAUGAGGCCUACUGGGAAGGCCACUCGAUUAGGAGGAGCCGUCUUAAAAAGUGGGGCCAAUUUAACGUGGUGGGCACUUUAACACAAAGGGACAACUUGAUAAGUCAGCCUUUCUUAAGGAAGAGACCAAUAUUAAACCCAUUUAUCCUGAAGGAGUGCAAUGUCCUUGCCUCUGUUUCAUAGAUUUUUGUUUGUUUGUCACACCUUAGUCUUUUUUUCUAUUCGCUCACAUUUUACAUAAAUUUAAGUAUAUACAGAAUUUAAACAUGCAUUUGGAUUUAUAUUUAUCAGUGCUUUAAAUGGGGUUGUAGAUUGUAUUAAAAUUGUGAUAUUGGACUGGAUUUUUUCAAAAGAAAUAUUUGAUUGUAUCACUGUAAGAUGUUUUAUUCCAUACACUGCUUUAUCAAAAAAAAUUUUUUUACUGUUAUUUUAUUUGUUUUACAAAAUAGUGGUUGCUUGAAAAAGAAGUUCUCCUUAAAGAAAGAAAUCAAAUGUUUUUGUAUCCCCCCCACUUUUACAAAUUAAGUCUCUGUAGUAAGACAGGCCCAGUAUUAAAAAUGAAAAUGGAAAAAAAUAUCAAAUUAGAAUUGAAAUAUUGGCGCAUACUGAGCAAUCUCCUUAAUACUGUGUUUACAAAGUCAUAAUCGUAAGAUCAUAAAAUAGAAAAGCGCUUCCUACUUGCAUGUGACUUUAUGUGCCCUCAUAUGAGCCUGUGUAAUAAACAAAAUUCUACAAAAGUCCACAAAGGAAAGAACUGCAACCUGUUAACAAUGAAUGAAAUUAUGUUAUGUAGGAGCUUACUGACAGGAGUAAUCCUCUUCUUCAUAUCAGUUCUUUCAACGCAUGUUUCAUAGAUGAAAAGGAAAACAAUAUAAGUUUUAAGUAAGUUGCUCUUGUUCAUUUGCCUGCCCAGAGCUCCAGCUAUGUUCAAAUUAAAUGUCCCAAAUUCAGUGCUAAAAAAGCUAAGACGUAAUUUUAAAUAAUACAUUUAUUCUGUGGUAUGUAUGGCACAGCAUAUUUACAUUUUAAAGUCUGAAUGUCUUAACACACAUUCUUACUGCAUUAAAGAAAUAACUCUUAGUUCUUAUGAAUGCAGCAGUAUCAUAUUCUCAAAAAGAAUAUUUAAGGAGAUUUAAGGCCAGUAAUUCUGAUUCGACCUUCUGGAAUUCUUGAGUCUUUGUUACGUGUUAAGAUCUAGUUUCCUAAAAGGAUGAUAUUGUUUUUGUUCUAAACUCAUUUGAGAAUCUAUUAAUGAGAUGUAUGAGCUAAAACUUGACAAUCUGUGCUUUGCAAGUCAGCUUAAGACAAAUCCAGAGAAAUUUAGUUUUGCUCUGUCCCCUUUAUCUUUUUUCCCCCCAAAAGGUUAUUUCCCUGUGUAGUUGUCUAAUUCAAAUGGUAACUCUUCUUUAUCACUAGGGAACCAUUUCAGUGUCUCCACAGGCUGUUUAUUCAGCCAUCGAAAAGAAGUUUAGAAAAUCUGUUGAUGUUCUUCUCUUAUCUGCAUUUAUGUUGAUUAUCUGUGCAGAGAUGCACCUCAUGGAGGCUUGCCAAUGUAAAUUUACAGAUAAUUACUGAUAAUUUACAGUUUAAAAGAUGAUUUGUAAAUACAACUACUAAUAAACUGA